AUGUGCGACUAUAGCCAGCAUGACUUCAACCUCUUCAUCGCUGAGGUAUGUGGCGAGGUACGAGACCGCCCCAUGCGAUGGGCCAUUGACGCCAGGAUCCGAGAGUUCUACAAUGCGAUCGACAGACAAGAUUGGAAAGUAGCGAGAAAUUUUCUACGACAUGACGCCAAGUUUAUAACGACACUGGCUGGGCCCGGUGGCAUCGAAGAUAACGCGGAUGGAAUCGUCCAGAAAAUCAGAGCAAUGCACUUCAGCCGGCAACGCACUGUGAUCAAGCUUCUGGUUAUUGAUAGAGGCCGAGCUACAUGCUUUCUGGAACACUUCUGGAUGCUAGGCGAUGAGGAGUGGCACCUGAUAGCCAAGGUUCCGCCUUGCUUUUACCGCUUUUCUGCAGUCGAGGUCCUUGAUCUUGACGAGAAGUUUUUUAUCAAAAGGAUCGAAAACCGAGAUAUUGAUCCCCAGUGCCGUAUCACGAACGGCACCUUUGAGGAAAUGAAUGCAGCUGCCGCGAAAUCUAAAAAGGAGGCUACGGUCAUGGGGGAGAAUUUUGGAUUUAAUCAGAGAUCAGGAGCGUUGACGCCCCACGACUCUUGA